UGGAGACCAGAGCGCGGAUGGAAGCGCUCCACACAGGACCUGAAGUUCUGAAUGAGCGCGCUUCAUUUCUCCACACCAUGGGAGACGGUUUACCGUCUGUAAACUACAGCAAUGACUCUAAACGCACCCCGGAUAACUUAUCAGAACAGUGGCUCGUGGGCAUGGGGAUCAUCAUGGGUCUGGUAGUAAUUGUCAUUGUAGUGGGGAAUAUACUGGUUAUAGUCGCCAUAGCGCGGAAUCAGAGGCUCCAGACGCUCACCAAUGUUUUCAUAGUGUCUUUGGCGUGCGCAGACCUUAUCAUGGGGUUACUGGUGGUGCCAUUUGGCGCAGACUUGGAGGUCAGAGGAUCUUGGAUGUAUGGAUCGUUCUUCUGUGAAUUCUGGAUAUCUCUUGAUGUACUUUGCGUCACGGCGAGCAUCGAGACCCUGUGCGUAAUUGCAAUUGACAGGUACAUCGCCAUCACCUCUCCAUUUCGCUAUCAAAGCCUUUUAACGAAAGCACGAGCCAAGGUGGUGGUGUGUGCAGUUUGGGCUAUAUCAGCUCUUGUGUCAUUCCCACCCAUCCUAAUGCACUGGUCCCGGGACACCGUGGAUACAUCAUGCUAUAACGAACCCGAGUGCUGUGACUUCAUCACCAACCGUGAAUAUGCCAUCUCAUCCUCCGUUAUAUCGUUUUACAUCCCUUUAAUAGUCAUGAUAUUCGUCUAUGCCAGGGUAUACAGAGAAGCCAAACAACAACUGAAAAAAAUUAACAAAUGUGAGGGAAGAUUCUACAACAAUGGUACGAAUUGCAAACCUAACCGAAAACGAACCACCAAGAUCCUGGCUUUAAAAGAGCAGAAGGCGUUGAAAACGUUGGGAAUAAUCAUGGGAACAUUCACUCUCUGCUGGCUGCCGUUCUUCAUCGUUAACGUGGUGCGGGUGUUUGGCAAAGAGGUGGUGAAAAAGGAACUCUUCGUAUUUUUGAACUGGCUGGGGUACGUCAACUCCGCCUUUAACCCCAUCAUAUACUGUCGGAGUCCCGACUUUAGGAAAGCCUUUAAGAGGCUGUUGUGUUGUCCGAGGCAGGCGGACCGCAGGUUGCACGUGAGCUCGUGCGAUCUGUCGCGCUGCACCGGGGGUUAUGUGAACUCAAUGGAGCAGAGCAUGCUCGGGACCUGGUCGGACUGUAACGGCACGGACAGCCGCGACUGCAGUCUAGAGAGGAACGGAAGGGUGUCCCAUUCAGAGUCUCAGCUGUAAAAGUAUCUGCGAAUAUCAAGUCAAUAUUGCACGAGCUGUUUGUACGAUUGGAAAUCAG